AUAAACCUAUAGCAAACGAAUCAGCUGUAUACCAUGGUUUGUACAAUGUUCUUUAGUGACACCGAAUUACUGGCAUGUAUGUCCGCGGCGUAAAAAUUUCGACAGUGGAAAUUUGGAAUUAUUCGUACAUUGGACAAUACAUCAUAUUGCUGUUUCCCUACCGGUGCGAUCAAUAACCAUUAGACACAAUAGUUAUACCACGAAAAAGUAGCAAGAUAACAAUCUAUGGGAAAGGAAAUUAACCAGGUAAAUAUAAAUCAUAUAGAUUCUCAGGACGAAACUGAGUCAAAAGGAAACGAAACAAAUUCAUACAAUGAAAAGAUCAAAGAUCCUUACGAUGUUGCUACAAAAUGCCAAACCGAAACUAAAAUUGGGUCCGAAGAGGAAUCAAUAGUCAAUUUAGAGAUCGAGAUUUUACCGGAAUUCUUAAUGGGCGAGAUAAAAAAAAACAACCCUGCGGAAUCAAAUACAUUUGAUGCUCUUGAUAACACGGGGAAUAAAUUUCCAACAUUUAAAACUGCGAAGCUAAAUACGCGCUGCUUUUUUCAAUUACGUUCUACUGAUCCAUCUAUUAUAUUGGGAUUUAUUGAUAUCAUUCGGUUUCAUCCUUGCCAGUGGAAUGUCCAACACCAUGAUUUCGACAACAAAGAAGAAAGGGAUCAGAGUACUGUAAUCAUAUGCGAAAAAUUUAAAAAAGACUUCAAUAUAAGUAUAACACCACAAUUGGCGAGAUCCAGUAUAUUGUCCUUGAUUCGAUGGUUUAAGCGGGAAUAUCUUCGUUCACAGCAUAUGGUUAAGAAGAAUGAAUCUAAUGGGGGUCGUUGGAGUCGAGAUGGUUAUGUGUCUGCUCAUCCUUUGUAUUUUAACAAGUUAAUAGAAUUUAUUCCUCAUAAACAUUUAAAAUUAAGAAGUUGUAAUGAUUGUCAGCGAAAUUUUAAAACGCAAAAUCAACUUUUGACACACAAUCACCAAGUUCAUGGUGCAGAUAAACCUUUUCAAUGCCGUUAUUGCAAACGAAGUUUUCUGCACCCUUCUACUUGGAAGCACCAUGAAAAUCGUCAUACUAAGAUACAUGUAUGGAAGUGCAAAUUGUGCAGUCGAAAAAGUUCCACAAAAUCGGAUCAUAAUAUACAUAUGGUGACUCAUUCCGAUAUUCGUGCUUUCGUCUGUGAUUUAUGUGGUUCUUCCUAUAAGAGUAGCACCAGUUUAAAUGUACAUUUACGAACACAUAAAGCACCAAAAUUACAAUGCCCAUUAUGUAAUCAGAUGUUUUACGAAAAUUACCGACUUAAAAGACAUUUAUGUGCCCAUGAAGCAGAAACUGCUGUUAAAGCAGAGUGUAUUAUUAAAUUAAACAACUAGUUUUGUUUCAAACUUC